GAGAGUCUGAGGACAGCAGAGAAGAAGGUUUACUGGACGGUGAAACACGGAGCUGCUGGACUGGAGACACAGGGACAAACUGAACCAGAGGACACAAAGUCUUCACCAAGACAAACUGCAGCCUGGUUUCAUCCUCAGGUAGAUCUGGUUGCCAUGGUUUCCUGGAGACUAGUGAUGCUUGGACUUUUCUACUGCUUCAUCAGGACCGGGGUCACCAAAUCCCAGACGAGAGUUCUGUUUCCUGCUGCAGCCAAAGUGAAAGGAGGAUCUUCAGCAGCUGGAAAUCCAACGUUCUACAAAACCAUAAGUGAUGCCCAUUUGUUAUACGAGAUCCUGAUGGCCGGCGUACGUUUUGAGCCCAGUGGGGGGUUUUCUGUCGACGACGCUGAACUUUCUUCGCUCCGUCAGACCAGAAAUCUGAACUUCAUCUGUGAGGAGAUCGUUCCCAAGAAGCUAACGGACGUGUUUGGGCUCAUAGCUGGGCUGUCGGAUCACAGCGCUUCGCUGCAUCAGGACGAUUUCGAGCGAAUCUUGAUGACGUUGGUGUACACAACCCAGCAGAUGAUCGGCGCUGCUUCUGUUCACCAAAGAGAAAUGUGGGCUGAGUCUUUUGUUGGUUUAUACAAAGCUGUAAAACGAGACCUGGCACAGACAAGCUGAGGGUUCAGUGUUUAAGUUUAAUGUACGUCACUUUAAACGUUCAAUAUUAGAUGCUGCAACUGAAAGAAAUGAGAAUCAGAAAUGAACUGAACAGAAAUCACUGAAAUAUUCAAGUGUGAAAUCCCAUAUUUACAUCAUAUUUACAUCGGAUAUUUGAUUUAGUAGCACCUGCAUGUAACUGACAUCUGAGACCGAAAACAGAACAACUUUAAACGAGUCACAGCAAAACAAAGUGAAAAUAAUAUGCAAAUAUGAGUGAAAAAUAUCUGAAACUUUAAUAAGAGUGUCUGUGUUGGAUUAAUUUUAAUCUCUUGUAAUUAAGGAUCCACUGUAAAUAAUAAACCAUCUUGGAUUUCAAAGCAAAGCACCACUGGAUUAAAUAUCUUUCCAAAAAAUGUAUCCAGCAGCAGCAGGUCAGCAGACAUGUUUCACUCCUUUUACCAAUUUAAGUUACUGAUCACUGUUGAAACGUGAGAAGCAGAAACUUUUCUCUGCAUGCCAACAGUUAUGUUUACAUUUUUACAAAUCCUGCCACAGACUUUUUUUAAAUUCAGCUUUUGCUUUGUUCAUGUAGCCUGCAUGAAAAAAAAACAGAUAAAAAAACAUCAGGAGUCCUGGAGGUUCAGCACAAACAGGCUGCGUUCAAACAGCAGGCGAUACGACCCACAUCUGAUUCAUUUAUUCAUUUUAUUUUAUUUUAUUUUAUUUGUACGGCAGCCUGAAUGUCCUAAUUCCAAUGUUUUGAACAACUGUUGGAUAAAUGUUAUAUUAUCUUUUUCUACUUAUUAGUUUUCAUUCUAAAUAAUGUAGUUAUCUAUAAAAGUAUCUCUUCUGUAUAUGAAUAGUGUGUGGAUUUAGUAGAAACUUGUGUCACAUAUUUGUUUCAUGUGGUUGUAAAACCACCCCCGCUCCAGGACGCCAGCAGACAGAGUUGCUGGUGUCAACAAUGCAUGCUGACCAUUACCUUAUAAGGAGAAGAAGGCCAGUUGGGGGCAUCUGGAGAAGGAAGAGGAAUGCAUACUGUAAACCAGUUUCAGCCUGUUUGCUCCCCCACCUUUAGAAACCAUUUGUAACCAGGGCUUUUCCCCAAAUAAAAAGCGGGGAGAGCGGAAUGCAAGCCAGAGUUUGUUUGGGGCAUGUGACUGGUUGCAUCUCCGAACACCUCUCCUCGCAGCGAGUUGAAUUCUAA